CCAGCCUCCGUUUCUUUAUCUCCUCUCAUCUAACGGAUCGAUCCCAGCUGAUGGCUGUCUGGUCUCCCACCACCUCCGGUAUCAUCCUCGUCUUACACACAUGUAUCCGGAUAAGGGGGUGCAUUGCUUGAUUUAGACUUUUUUUUCCGCUAUGAAAACUCAGGGGUUUUGUCUUUAUCCUUUCAUCGGAUCUUUUGUGUGCAGACGGACGGGCUGACGUGAUACUCCGCAGCAGCAGCAGAUGUGCCGGCCUGAGUGACGCAACUAUUGGUGGGAUGCUGACCACCCCCCACGCUCCAAGCCAAGCAUAAAGGCAACAGGAAGCAGAUUUGCAAACGGAUUAAAACACACUAUGCUGCACCACCAUUGGUUGUCUAUGGACACCACGAGAAGACACUGUACACAUUUUUGCCGUCAUGGAUGAAGAGGACGACAACAUCAUUGAGUCUUACAUCUUACCUGACUCCACCCACUUCCUCCUCCUGACCUCCCUGUACAGACAAAGAAGAAACAUGUCUGGAUGCGUUUACAUCCACCAGCAAGACGACGUCUAAUCCAAAGUACCUCAAACCACGAAGCAGCCAUGGCCAGACAAGACACCUCACACUUCCCCCAUGGCUUUGACCUCAGCGCCCACUUUGUUGACCUGCGGCCCCUCGGCGCUGGUGGCACCGGUCUGGUCCUAUCAGCAAUGGACCAGCGUACGGGACGACGCGUGGCCAUUAAGAAGCUGCUGAUGCGGGAUGCUGUGACGGUGAAGCACGCACUGAGGGAGGUCAAAAUCGCCCGCCGGCUGCACCAUGAGAACGUAGUCCAGGUCCGUGAGGUUUUGGCACCCUACGGGAGACCCCCGGCGAAAGAUCCGGUUCAGGUGGGAGCUCUGUAUGUGAUCCAGGAGUGCAUGGAGAUGGAUUUGGCCAGAUUGCUGGAGCAAGGAGCUCUAUCUACAGGCCACGCUACUCUGCUUUUCUACCAGCUGCUGAGGGGACUCAAGUUCAUCCACUCGGCUAACGUGCUGCACAGAGACCUGAAACCUGCCAACAUUUUCAUCAACACUGACCAACUGCUGCUCAAGAUCGGAGACUUCGGCCUUGCCAGGAUUGUCGACCCUCACUAUUCUCACAAGGGCUAUCUGUCUGAGGGUCUGGUCACUAAGUGGUACUGUUCUCCUCGUCUGCUGCUGUCCCCCAACAACUACACAAAGGCUAUAGACAUGUGGGCCGCAGGGUGCAUCCUGGCUGAAAUGCUGACUGGACGCAUGCUCUUUGCAGGAGCUCAUGAGUUGGAGCAAAUGCAGCUCAUCCUUGACACGGUGCCAGUGAUCAGAGACGAAGACAGACAGGACCUGCUCCAGGUGAUGCCUUCGUGUAUUAAUCGUGGUUGGAAGGUCAAGAAGCCCAUCUCUCAGCUGGUACAUGAGGUGGAUGCUGAAGCUGUAGACUUCCUGGAGCAAAUCCUGACCUUUAACCCCAUGGAUCGCCUUACGGCUGAGGCGGCACUGUCCCAACCGUUUCUGCGUCUGUAUUCCUGUCCAGAUGAUGAGCCCACCUCGUCGCACCCCUUCCACAUCGAGGAUGAGCUUGAGGACUGCCUCAUCAUGGAGCAAGGCCUCAGCAACAGCCUCAGUCGGACCUCCAGCAUCCACUGGGACUGCUUAUCAGCGGAUGUCUGCUGGCGGCAGUCCGAUGGGAGGUGUCACUGCAUGCCUUCUGGUCACUUAACCUCUGAAAUGGAAGACACCACAGAAGAAGAGGAGGUCCAGAGGGACCCGAGAGCCAUCAGCGUCUCACUUUCAGAGGAGGCCCAGGUGGACCCACGUAAAUAUUCCCACAGCAGUUCCGCUGAGCGCUUCCUGGAACACUCCCACUCCUCCCUGGACCGCGCAUGUGGUCUGGGCUUCGGGGACUUGGACUGUGGCCGUUCGUGCGACUACAAAGUGGGGUCGCCGUCCUAUCUGGACCGGAUCGCUUGGCGGGAGGGCAAGCCUCAGCACUACUCAGAACCCAGGCUCAUUCUGGAUCUUUCUCACUGGAAGCGCAACGCCACCAGCAGCCCGCCGGUGUCCAUCCAGCCCAUAGGUGGCAGCGUGGAGGACAUGAGGGAGGUCACGGGAACGGAAACGGGGGAUUUGUUUGAGGAGAUCUCCCGUUGGGUGGAGAGCACACAGUCUCGUCAGUACUCACAGAGUCCAUCUUUGGAGCCACAAUCCCCCUCCUGCUACACCUCCUCGCCGCCUCUCCCUCUCUCCCCUGCUGACCUCCAGAACCCAGUCUUCCAAUACGCAGAGCUCGGACCAUGUGACUACGACGAGGACCGACUCAGCCCCUUUCCACCUGUCACUCCUCCAUCUCUCCGCUCACUCCUCCCCUCCACUCCCACCUCUCCUCCGCCCCCUCAGUCGCCUCACAGCGAGUCUCCUGCCUCCUCUCCUCUUUUUCCUCCUUCCCAACCUGAACCUCUCUCCUCCUCCUCGUCCUCCGUGGCUGAAUCCCGGGCGUCGCCUCUUGUCAAGCAGAAGGAGCGUCUGUUCGACUUGGAUGUGUUUAUCUCUCGUGCUUUGAAACUGUGCCGGCAGAAUAAGGAGAGAGGAGACGGGAAGGGGCGCAGGGAAGGAGGAUGGAGGGAAGAGAGCACAAAUGGAAGGGUUACAAGACCGCCUGAGCAUAGGACGCCGCCACCACCGACCUAAAGUCCUCUAAGUACACAACAAGGGUGCUUAUAUAUUGAUACUCAAAUAGUUUUAAGGCUAAAUGAAUAAAAAUUACCAACCAUAAUAUGGUUUUUAAUUAUUAUUUUUUACAAUUGCCUUUAUACUUCCGAUACAUAUCGGAAAUUUGCAUACAUGCUCUUUAUUCUCAGGAGCAAAAAGAUCCCGUUGACUCCCAGUAUAACCACAUUUUUUUUAAAUUAUUUAGUAGUACCUCAACUUAUGAGCUUAGUCGGUUCUGUUAACUUAAAACACUUGUAUCACCCAUUAAAAUGAUUUAAUGUCAAUUUAAUUGGUGCUUGGUCUCUACAAAGCAGCACCAUUUUAACAUGCCUAUUGAAAAGAAAACACCCUUUUAGAUCAUUAAUAUUGCGUCAAAACCAAACAAAAUAAUUUAGUACAAACAACUACAGUAGUUUUAUGAAGUUCUGUAAUAAUAAUGUACAGCAUUUACCUUCUACGGUAUCUGCUUUCAGCUGCUUCUCAGUCAAACACACCAUCAGCAGCUUUUACUUAGUUUCAUAGGUAAAUGUCCACUCUAUGGAUAUUUUUUCAACAUCCUUAGCUGGCAUUAUCGAUUCAUGCUGCUUCAUUAUGGUGCAGACGAGCAGUGCUACUUCAUUCGUAUUGCUUCGCGAGCACGUGCCGUAAUGUUUUUGAUUUUUUUGUUUGUUUGUUUAAUUUGAUGAAUAUCAACCACUUCUUCUCAGCACUGUCUUUUGGGCCGAUCUUAGGGUGUUUAUUUUAACAUGUGCAACGCCAACGAGAGGCGGGGAUGCUUGUAACUCAAUUGUUUGCAUCCAACUUCAAGCACAACAACAGCUCUUAUCUCAAAACACUCUUAAGUUGAGGUAAUAUUGUUUUACAAUCCGGACACACUAAAAUGGUUUCCCGGUGAAUACACAAUUAAUUCAGUUAUCGCCCUCUGAAAAAUGGAACCUGAUUUGGGGGAGGAAAUGUAACAUAUUUUGUCUUUUUCCCAUUCCAAACAAAAACCCAUAGUUUUUACAUGGCCAAAAGGGCAUCACACAUAACAUAAAAACAACUUGAUAUGUACGGUGAGGCCUGGAUUUGCAGAGAAUAUUUAAUCUGGUGAAAAUGCAAAUGAUGUCAAAGUGUCAUCGCGCUUUCAUGACAUGCACUGUUUUGGGACCCCGAUAAGUGUAAUUUCCGUUUAAAGGGGCCUGAAGGGUUAAAUAUUUAAUUUCAUAGUCUUUUGUGUUUUAUAAUAAAACGGGGGUGUCUACGUUUUAGGAAUCAAAACCAGAUGUUGUUUUAGUACAUUGUUAAAUAUGCUUUAUGUUUUAUAUAGAUCAGGCCUGGGCAAUUAUUUUCACUCGGGGGCCAAAUUUAGAGAAAAAACUGUGUCUGGGGGCCGGUGUAUCUAUUUUUGAGGAAACUAAUAUAAAACCUCACAAUAAAGUCUGAUUGAAUGCCAAAAAUGUUAGGACAGACCGCCUUAAAAAUGGAAUGGAAUUGUGUUUUUUUUCAAUGAACGAUAAAACCCUGAAUAUUGAGAACAUAUGAACGUCACACCUGCUCUCAAUUGACAUGUUUUACAAUCAAGCCAAAUGCAACAAACACAGCGAAAUAUGAAUGUGAAGGGUAAAAAAACUCAAUACAUCUACAAUCUGAUAUAUGUGAUAUAUCACUAAGCAUUAGAACUUUCUUGUAAAAAUCUCCUUCCACGUCUGUUCCUGACACACACAUUUCAGGCUGGCCGCUCUGGAAACACUCUGUGGAAACCCACUCUGCUUGGUGCCUCGUCUGACCUGAUGUGACGUAGAUUAUCAUAGGGUUGUACGGUAUACGGGUAUUAGUAUAGUACUGCGAUAUUAAUAAAUCAUAUUCGGUACCAUACAGCCUCUAAGAUUUUUUUUGUUAAAAUAAAGCCAAUAAUGCAUUUGUGGUCCCCUUUAUUUAGAAAAGUAUCUUAAAGUACCAAAAAGUAUCAAAAUAAUAUUGGUAUUAGGACAACACUAGUCACUAAAAUAUCAUGCAAAAGCGCAGAUUCCAACCAUUGGAAUAUAUCGUAUAGUUCAAGACUUAUGGUAAUUUAAAAAACAUCACUGCAGACCAUAGAGGCAGCUACACUUUCCAUCUUAAAGAUCUAAAACAAAUAUUUGGGAAUGUCCAGCGGGCCAGUUUGAAAAGCUUAACGGGCUGCAUGUGGCACCCGGGCCUUAAUUUGCCCAGGUCUGAUAUAAAUAGACUUGAGUAUAAAAAUGUGGUUGAUACAAAUCGAACAAUUGAUUUACUUCUGUUGAAAAAACAUUUUACAAACCACUAAGUGAGACCCUGAAUCGUUUUUUGUACCAUGAGUGACAUUUUUACAUUUGAAGAGUAUACCUUGCUGGCCUUGGAAGUAAGGCGUUACCAUGGAGACCACCACAAAGCCCUAUGGGGUACCUUAGAGAACAGAUUGUACCUCCUACUGUACCUGUACUUAUGACUGUUUACUUCUUUUUAUCACUUGUAGCACUUGACGCCACACAAAGGGGAUUCGAUUCAAAGCUCCUAUUCUACCAAUGGUCUUCCAAACACAGGAAGUUCCUGUCAAUGAGGACUAUCAUGUGGGGGGAAUGCAGCGAAUACUGCAUUGUGAUGCUGCAUCAUGCCUUGUAAACUUGUACAGUGUAUGCAGUAAUGUACAUUUCUUCUGACUGUUGUGUGAAGUGGCCUUCACUUGGAGCACAUCUUUAGGUUCAUUUGCAGUGUUUUGUUUGGUUUAAAUGUGCAAUGCUGUUGUUCUUUUUCAUUUUUAAAACACUGAUUUUGCAAUACAAAGCUGACAUAUCCAGUGCACAAACUACUAUACACAUUGUACAAUGCAAUUUAUAACAAGGAUAAUAUUACAUAUAAAUGGAAAAGGACAGCAAAUAUAAUAUCCAUAUAGAGAAGACUAACAUCAACGUAAUCAUGUUGUCGUGUGCCUUACUCUUCAUAGUGUUGUAUUUGCUGCCUCUUUAUAUUUUUUAACGACGCAAUAAGAAUUAUUUUCUUUAACUUUGGAACUUCAAAACACACAUUCAAUUCAUCUGAGGUAAAAUUAAUAUUUUUUAAACUUAAAGAGCACAUCACCUUAUACAUACUUUCCGCUAAGACAGCAAUAACCUACAGUCGUGCUCAUAAGCUCACAUACCCUGGGAGAAUUUAUGAUUUCUUGGCCAUUCAUGCAUGGUCGAGUGGCCAAAAAGUUAAAUUUUGGUCUCAUCACUCCAAAUGACUUUGUUUUGGAAGUUUUAAGGCUUGUCUCUGUGCUGUUUGGCAUGUAAGCGGGAUGCUUUGUGACAUUUGCACAGAAAUGGCUUUCUUCUGAUGACUCGACCAUGCAGCCCAUUUUUCUUCAAGUGCCUCCUUAUUGUGCAUCUUGAAACAGCCACACCACAAUUUUUCAGAGAGUUCUGUAUUUCAGCUGAAGUUAUUUGUGGAUUUUUCUUUGCAUCUCGAACAAUUUUGUUGGCUGCUGUGGCUGAAAUCUUUGCUGGUCUACCUGAAUCCCUCAUUUGCCACUUCUUAAUCAGCGUUUGAACACUGCUGAUUGGCAUUCUCAAUACCUUGGAUAUCUUUUUAUACCCUUUUCCUGUUUUAUGCCAUUCAAUUACCUUUUCUCGCAGAAGUUGAGAGGCUCGUCUCUGUGCUGUUUGGCGUAAUGUAAGCAGGAUGCUUUGUGACAUUUGCGCAGAAAUGGCUUUCUUCUGGCGACUCGACCAUGCAGCCCAUUUUUCUUCAAGUGCCUCCUUAUUGUACAUCUUGAAACAGCCACACCACAAUUUUUCAGAGAGUCCUGUAUUUCAGCUGAAGUUAUUUGUGGAUUUUUCUUUACAUCUCGAACAAUUUUCCUGGCUGUUGUGGCUGAAAUCUUUUCUGGUCUACCUGAAUCCCUCAUUUUGCACUUCUUAAUCAGCGUUUGAACACUGCUGGUUGACAUUCUCAAUUCCUUGGAUAUCUUUUUAUACACCUUUUCUUUUUUGUACAGUUCAAUUACCUUUUCUCGCAGAUCUUUUGUCUUCCCCAUGACUCAGAAUCCAGACACAUCUGUGCAGCACAGGAUGAAAGAAGCAAUGGUCUGUCAGAAGCCCAGAAACUCACUGACCUUUUAUACACACAUUAAUUACAAACAAGCAUGUCACGGGUGAGGAUUGAAACCUUGAUUAGCCACUCAAACCUGAUUGUGUCAACUUUUGUGCAUGUUAUCAGAUCAAAGUCACUGGGGUAUGUAAACUUUUGAUCAGGCUCAUUUGGGUACUUUCUUUUAUCAUUUUGAUUUAAAAAGAGUAAACACAGUUGUUUGCCAAUAAAUAGCUUCACACAACCAUUAAGCAUGAGUGGAAGAAAGGUUUUUGUGUUAUCAUUCAUAUUCUCUUAAGAAUGGCCAAGAAAUCAUAAAUUCUCCCAGAGUAUGUAAACUUAUGAGCAGAAGUGUAUCUAACUAAUGACGCGUAUGGUUACAGAGCUCAAAUUAUUUUACUUAUUUUACUUUUUUUAAUGAAGCACUGCAUAUAAUGUGCCUCUAUACAUGUUAAUGCUUCCCAGCUUGCAUUUGAAUGUAACAUAGCCGCUUACACUAUUUUGCAUGCUUUGACGAUAAUCCAAAUAUCUUACAGCAACUUUGUAACACUGACAGUGUGCCAUUAUUUCUUGCAGGCUUUUUCUACUCUGGGGAAAAGUGGGAGCGUUUUAACUGAACGCUAAGUAUUGAUGAACGGUACCUUUU